AUGUCGCCACCGAGAGUGCUGACCAUCGCCGGCUCCGACUCGGGCGGUGGCGCGGGCAUCCAAGCCGACCUCAAGACAUUCCUCUCCCUCGGCACUUAUGGCCUCUCGGUGCUCACCGCCUUGACCGCGCAAAACACCACCGGAGUCUCGGCCAUCCAUGCUUGCCCACCUGAGUUUGUCCUGCAACAGCUCGAAUCGGUCGUGUCCGACAUACAAAUCGAUGCCAUCAAGAUGGGCAUGCUGUGCAAUCACGACAUUGUAGCUACACUCGCAACAAGGCUGCGAGAAUGGAAGGCAUCGACCGAUUCGCAUGGCGGAAACAGCGUUCCGAUCGUUCUGGAUCCCGUCAUGGUUUCGACUUCAGGCUCGCUGCUGCUCUCGGAAAGCGCGAUCGAGGCGCUCAUCCGCCAACUCCUUCCGCUCUGUACCAUCCUUACACCCAAUCUGCCCGAGGCGCGACAGCUGCUCACCUACGCUGCCAAGUUCACUUCCUAUCAAUCAGGACCUGGCGAGCUCGAGCUGGCACAGAACAAUGAGAACACCGAGCUUCCACAGAUGCUGGCAGCGGCAAAAAGCAUAGCCAAGCUUGGACCACCGGCAGUGCUCGUCAAAGGUGGGCACGCCCAGCUCAGCAGAUCGCAGAUCGACUCCUGGCUGCAAAGCAUCGAAAGUGAAAGCAAGGGCUCAACACAGAUCAGCCCAGCAACACGCCCUACACUAGCAUCAAUAACAUCAGAACGAUACCCUCAACGCAAUGACACGCGCAGCAAAGAUUCCAGUUUUGAGGCGGCAGGCAUCGACGAGGAUUUGAAGCAGCUAGCUGGUAUCGAUGGCGCCAUCAUCACACAACGCGGCAAUGUCACAGUCAUCCGGACUGACCAGAUUCCCUUUAGCCAGGUAUUGCAUCCGGAUGGAGCACUGCCUGGCGACGACAAACUGGUGUGUGACGUCCUGUAUCAGCACAACGACGAUGCAGAUGGAUCAUAUGUGCUUUUCGUUAAGCCGCUGCUAGACUCAAAAGCAACGCAUGGAACUGGCUGCACGCUAUCUUCAGCGUUGGCAGCAUCACUCGCUCAAGGUUACACGUUACUGCGCUCCACAUCGAUAGCGAUCAAGUACGUUCAACACGCCAUCGCUAACGGGAUCGAAGACCUUGGCAAGGGAUCUGGCCCCCUCGACCACUCGUACCCCUUCCAACCGCGUGGGCUGAUCCUUGCAUCAGGAACACCGUCAAGCGAGACUGCAACUCUACCACUCGCACUCAACCGCAGUCUCAUAUCCAACUCGAUUCAAGAAUGGACAGCCUUCGUGCAGCACCCAUUCGUACUGGGACUGGCCGACGGAACCUUAGCACGCGACGCAUUCGAGUGGUUCAUGAAGCAGGAUUAUCUCUUUCUGCGCCACUAUGCUAGGAUCUGGGCGCAGGCAGCCGCAUCGCCUGACAAUACGUUCGAAGAAGUCUCGACGCUAGCCGAGAUGGCACGAGCUAUGGCUGAGGAAGCAAAGCUGCACCUGCGUCUCUGUCAGGAGAGUUUUGGGAUAUCGGCAAACGAGCUGGAACACGAGACAAUGGAAAGCGCAGCCACGCUCACGUACACACGCUAUGUACUCGACACGGCGCGGUCAGGCGACAGUCUUGACUUGCUGGUAGCGGUCAGCCCGUGCAUGGUCGGCUACGCCCAGGUCGGGCUCUGGCUUGCACAGCAUCGCAAGGAAAACAUCCACAAGGACUAUGCCGCCUGGAUCGAGGCGUACUCCAGCGACGACUUCCAACGGGUUGUGCAGCGUGCCAUGCGCUUAGUAGAAGCCAAAGCAGCUAGAGAUGCGCCUUCUUCGCACAGGCUGUGCCAGCUGCAGAAGACGUGGAACGCAGCUUGCCGUCUCGAGGCGGGCAUGUGGGACGAAGCUGUCGAUGCGAGUCUUCGCAGACUGGUGCUUGAGCCCUGA